AAGGCACAUAAGCCCAGUAAGAAUGGUUUUGUGUAGCAGGUAAAUCAGUUUGAGGGGAAACUGGUGAGACAGAAAGUAUAAAGAAGAUAGUUAUUAAAUAAAACCUAUUGUAAGCGAGAUCCAGUGCUGAAGGAGGAAAAGAAGAACAGAGGGAUGUUAUUUUCAGGCUAAUAGAAAUGGUGAGAUUUUUAGGUUCAUAAGGAGAAAAAGAGGGAAUUAGGAGAAGUGGGAUUAGUUAGAGGGGUCUCCGUUGCCAUUAGGGAGGAUUGAACCAGACCCAUUUUGAUUUGGCAUGCCAGUUUCUGAGGAGUCAGCACAGAUCUCACCAGGUAUGAGGGCGGUCUCUGAUGCAGACGUCUCUUCCCUGUGGUUUUUAUUGUCAGUAUUCACACAAAGUUUAAUUCUCCUAGUGGGCACCCAGACAGGGGAUAGAUGAUAUCCUGGUGAAAUGCAAGCAUACCCUCUUCCCACGUUAUAAUUUUUCCAGGUUCCCAGGUAUUGGUUUGGGAGUUUUUCCAUGACACUGACUUGCCUCCAUUUAGGGAGAAUUCUUUGCCUGUAUAAUGACAUUUAGCUGCAGUCAGAGUAUUUUCUUUAGGAACAUUUAGAAAGUUUAAAGUAAACAAUGCUAAAUGUAAUUGGGAGUGGGGAGUGGUUAAAUUAUGCUUUUAAACCAGCCUUGUCUUCUUUUACAGUAACUUGAAGAGGUUUAGUAAUUUUUUCAGGUUUUGGACCGAGACCAAAUCCAGGAACAAACCCCAUGUUUUCCAUUAUAUGUUGACUGGGAGCACUAUAAGAGUUAUGUGGAAUAUUAAUUUCAGCCCCCCACUGUGCCAGCAAAUCUCUUCCCCAAAGAUUAACGGGGAUUGGUGUGAUAUAAGGCGAAUCGUUCCCUUUUGACCAUUAGGGCCAGUGCAAGGCAAGAUAAACAUACUCUGGUGAACUUCAUCAGCUUUUCCAACACCUACUAAUCUCAUGUUAGCAGGAUGUUUAGGCCAGGAGGAAGGCCGUAAAUUAGAGGAAACAAUAGAAAUCGCAGCCCCGGUAUCUACUAGGCCCUCAAACUUUUUCCCUUGAAUGUGUAUGGUGUAGGUGGGCCGUUGUUUAACAAUUACAUUAAUGCAAUAAGUGGCUUUUUCACCACCGGAGCCCAUCCCAGGACCCCUUGUCUUAUCUCCUUUCUUUAAAACAAUAUUAGGUAGUAAAAGUAAUUGAGCAGUGGACUCACCAGCCAGAAUGGAAACAGGAACUUUGGCAGACACGAUGAGUUUAAUCUCAUCAGAGGAAUCAGAAUUAAUGAGACAGGUAUGAACUAUGAUACCUUUAGCAGAGGUGGAUGCCCUGCCUAACACCAGGCCCACCGAACCUUGAGGUAAAGGGCCAGUGACCCCCAUGGGGACAAUUAAAGGCAAAAAAUUAGGUGGUAAAUUUAGAGGAAUGGUACUACAGAGAUCGGCCUCCCCACCCCCUACUGUGGAGGUACACAAACAUUGUACUGAGACAGAAGAAGAGACUGAGACCCAUCUGGGUUGGCUGUAGCAGGUCAGCGGGACUAUGAUCUCCUGGUGAUUGGCGGGGGAUCUGGCGGCCUGGCUUGUGCCAAGGAGGGCACCCGGUGGGGCCUCGGUGGCACCUGCGUCAACGUGGGCUGCAUCCCCAAGAAGCUGAUGCACCAGGCGGCACUGCUGGGAGGCCUGAUCCAAGAUGCCCCCCACUACGGCUGGGAGGUGGCCCAGCCCGUGCCGCAUGACUGGAGGAAGAUGGCAGAAGCUGUUCAAAAUCACGUGAAGUCCUUGAACUGGGGCCACCGUGUCCAGCUGCAGGACAGAAAAGUCAAGUACUUUAACAUCAAAGCCAGCUUUGUUGACGAGCACACGGUUUGCGGCGUUGCCAAAGGUGGGAAAGAGAUUCUGCUAUCAGCUGACCACAUCAUCAUUGCUACUGGAGGGCGCCCGAGGUACCCCAUGCACAUCGAAGGUGCCUUGGAAUAUGGAAUCACAAGUGAUGACAUCUUCUGGCUGAAGGAAUCCCCUGGAAAAACGUUGGUGGUCGGAGCCAGCUAUGUGGCCCUGGAGUGUGCUGGCUUCCUCACCGGGAUCGGGCUGGAUACCACCGUCAUGAUACGCAGCAUCCCCCUCCGCGGCUUCGACCAGCAAAUGUCCUCCAUGGUCAUAGAGCACAUGGCAUCUCAUGGCACCCAGUUCCUGAGGGGCUGUGCCCCCUCCCGAGUCAGGAGGCUCCCUGAUGGCCACCUGCAGGUCACCUGGGAGGACUGCACCACUGGCAAGGAGGACACAGGCACCUUCGACACCGUCCUGUGGGCCAUAGGUCGAGUACCAGACACCAGAAGUCUGAAUUUGGAGAAGGCUGGGGUAGAUACUAGCCCCGACACUCAGAAGAUCCUGGUGGACUCCCGGGAAGGCACCUCUGUGCCCCACAUCUACGCCAUUGGUGACGUGGUGGAGGGGCGGCCUGAGCUGACACCCACGGCUAUCAUGGCUGGGAGGCUCCUGGUGCAGCGGCUCUUCGGCGGGUCCUCAGACCUGAUGGACUAUGACAAUGUUCCCACGACCGUCUUCACCCCGCUGGAGUAUGGCUGUGUGGGGCUGUCCGAGGAGGAGGCAGUGGCUCGCCACGGGCAGGAGCAUGUUGAGCUUCUUCCAGGCUCAGGCACUCACCCUGGAGGAAAGGGGUUUUCAUCGAACAAGGCUGCUUUGGGGGUCUGCUGUGGCAGGUGGCUGUGGCUCUGGGGUGGCCUGGAAGAAUGCAGGGGCUCUGAAGCCUGCCGGGCCAUGGUAGCUGGAAGCCUUCGGUGCAGUUUCAUCUUGCUGCCGCGGCAGCUUGCAGGCACCCAGAGAAACCGGAGCCUGUGGCCUGGGUGGUGGGGCCUGGGGCCUUUGGGGAUGAGUCACUGGGCUCCAGGGCUGGCCCCUUCCCCCUCCACCCCAGUCCUCUCCAUCAACAGGACAGGCCUGACAGGCCAGCCUUCCCCGAGGCACUUUAUUUGCUAUUUUUGUUUGAUUCAUCACAAGUGCGCUGGGACAUAUGUUCCUGGCAUUUUAUAAUGUUGUUUUAUGUUUCACGAUGUUGAAUGGCCAAAUACUCUUUAUUUGUUUUCUUUUCAAUUCUGUCUUAGUUAGAACAAUAUUCUCUGAAGUUCCAUUAAUUAAUAAUGGCUGUGCAGCACAUGUGAGGGCCCCGCUCAUUUUUUACUUGGCCGCAGCCCCGGACACGCUGUCGAGCCCUUCAAGGGUGCUGAAAGCCUUUGUCCAACAGCUCCGGCUCCGGUGUGGCCACAGCGGCCUUGCUCCAGUGAGGGCCAAGGGAGCACCAGGGUGCCCGAGGGAGCCGGGUGGUCGCCUGCUCACCCAUUCUUGCCUCCGCCGUUGGUUGUGGGGGAGCUAUAUCCACGCAGGUUUGCUGUGCCCAGCCUGGGUGCUUGGGUUGCCUGAUGCCUGCUCUGCUGCUAUGGUCUGCGGGGGUCCCAGGCUUGGGUGGGAGAGGGUCUGUCCUGUAGAGCAUGGCUCCAGCCACUGGCUGCCUGCACACACCCUGUGGCCAGCCAAGCCCUUCUCCCCCUCCCAGACCAGACCUUCAGGCCAGAUGGAUGGUUCCUGCCCAUCAUGACCCUGCCUUGCCCAUGCAGCCUGUGGGAGCUGCAGGUGCCACAAGGUUUGUU